AUGUCUCGCUACCAAUUUAUCUCGUUGGCCACCAAGCCAUCCGCCCAGCUCUGCUACAGCUUCUAUCCGGCAGUAGGCGCGGCAAACUCUUGCUUAGUAGUGUUUGUCAACGGCCUCGGGCUACCGCAGAGCUCGUGGGAGGGUGUCAUCGAGCGUCUCCAGGCACAGCCUCCCGCCUCGGGGCUGCCCGCCAUGUUGACCUAUGACCGCUAUGGCCAGGGCCAGACCACCGACCGUGAUCCUGGCGACAUCCGCGCCGAGGAUCCCAUGCACGGGCAUGAUACCUUGACUGUAGUGCGGGAUCUACACCAGCUACUCACCCAGAUCGCCUCCGAUAAGAUGGGUACUGAGCUUAGCCGCCUACCGCUCGUUGUGGUCUCGAAUUCCAUCGGCGGCGCCCUGGCUCGGCUCUAUGCCCAAGAGCAUCCCGGCACUGUGGCAGGUCUUCUGUUCCUGGACAGUGUCCUCGCGAAUUCCGAUUUUGUUUCCAUCUACCCCGACCCAGACGCGUCUGGGUUUGAUCUGGCCAGCUUGCCCGAAGGGGUGACGGCAGAUGCUCUCCGUGCAGCCCGGGCGUACAUGCAACGCUUUGAGGCGUUCGAGGUGGAAUUCGAGCGAAUGGGUGGUGCUCCCCCGCGACUUACUGAGGUCUACAUGAACCCUUACUGGCAUCGUUUCAACGAGGGGUUGGCUCAGCUCACUGAGCCGGAGCGCAGCAAGGGUCCCCUCCAGGCUCCCGGGGCUGGUCACUUCAUUCAGAAGGAUAACCCAGACAUCGUCUGUAAUGAAAUUCGUGAGAUUCUGGAGAGGAUUAGUUGAGAUCCGAGCGCAAAACCAGAACAGAUUUCAAACCGCCUUUGUAUGUACUAUACUAUAUUUAGGUCCCUUCGACCCAGAUUUACCCGGUGCUUCUCCUCAUUCACUUACCACACACGAGGAUUGCCAGCGCCCGUGGCGCAAUUCCCUGUGUAAUGCGGCGGGACAGGGCACGGUCUUGUGUGUGACUCGUGGACGUUGUGAAUUCAUUUCACUCUUUGAGGUAAGGUAGGGCUACGGAUGUCAUGUGCAUGACCCGGUUGAGUUAUCAACAGCCUUGGGAAAGAGUCUAAUGGACUGAUAUGUAGCAACAAAUAGAGGCUUGCUUCAAAGAAAGUACAGUCGAAGCUGAAUGCCUGAAAGAAUUGAUGACGAAAUGCUUCAAUAUAUAGUGGGACUUGUCUGCGUAGCUCUGGCAGAAUGGGGGACAGACAGAAACCGGUCCCGGUUGGCUCGCACACUUAUCAACAUGGUCC